AUGACUAAAAAGAGAAAUCAUAAAACUAAUAAAAGAGCAUUAACUGAGAAAAAUUAUCAAGAUAAUAUAGAUGAGAUAUUUGAAGAUAAUAGAAGAGAGAAAAAAUAUUUAGAGAUAAAAAUAAAACUUCUACUUCUAAUAGAAAUCCUAAAAAACUAUUUUAACAUUAAUAUUGAUGAGAUUGAUUGCAAUCAUAUUUGUCAGAGAAAAAGAUCAUCAACUUCAAAUGCUAAUACACAUCUUACAGCUGCACACAAUAAAACUAAAUCUACACAAUUUUAUAAUGAAAUUUUCAUAGAAAAUGAGUCACAAUUAUCACCUCUAGAUAUAAAUACAUAA